CUAAGAAACAACAAACUCACGAUCAGUUUCCACUUCUGACAAGAGAACCGGCGAUAACAAGUGCAGCUAAUGUUUUUGCUUCUGUAGUUUCUCUACUAAUGUCUAUGUUGAAGUGCCAUUGAUAGCUAUUAUCCACUCAGACCCAGAGAGGCAGACUAUCUGAGGCCACCAUGUCUUCGUUCUCCCAGAAGGGGUCCCCUCGCUGCCAGGCUGGCCCAGGGAGAGAGGAGGUGGCUGGGGCCCGGCAGCAGAGGAUGACCCUCCCAUUCACCAUGUCCCCGGGACACGUAGACCCAGAGGCACUGAGAGCCAGGCUGAUCUCAGUAGCCCCGAGCCAGGCACAACGCAACCCUGAUGCCCUGAUCUUCAAACACACCACCAAGGCCCAGGAACGCAGGAGGGCAGGGCAGAGACACGUACCGCUGGAGAUACUGCCGGUCCUGAAGAAGUACCAGGACCACAAGCAGCCAGAGUUCAUCCACAGGCAGAACCGGGAGAGGCUGCUCCAGUCGGGCUGGAAGCCUCCGUCGCCCUCCCUUGCUGGGGUGGAGUGGAUGGACAAGGCCCCUGACAGACAGAGCUCCACCCUUCACCUCCCUGAGCUGCCUGACCACGUCAAGGAGAAACAGGCUCAGAUGACCCAGAGUACCCUGUGUUCCCCCUCUCCCCCCAAACGCCCUCGCUCCUCCAAGUCCGCAAAGCCCUCCCCCACCGGAGCCUUCCUCCAGUCCCCCUCCCCUCUCCCGGCCAGUCACCCCGUCAUCUUCAGCUCUGCAGAGGAUGUGAUUCGUGCCAAAAUACGCUCCCCGCCGGACAUCGUCAGAAUCAUCCGGAACAACCCUCACCUGGGCUUCCUGUACAUGACCUCUGCCGCACCCAAGAGCUCCAUCAGAUAUGAUGCUUAUAACCUCAAGAUAGUGGCGUAUGAGAACAUCAACAAGCAGGACUACUCUACCAUCAGCCAGCAGGGUGUGACCUUCAUCACUGACGCGGAGAUGGACUUCCUGCCGUUAGAGCGCUGGGAGCAUGAGUACCGGUGCCACCGUCGCCUCCUGGCCAUCCCGGCCUUCGCCCUCUUCAGGAGGUGGAAGGCCUUCAGAGUGUGGCGGACCAACGUCCGCUCCAAGAAGAUCAACACGUGCAAGAAGUCCCUGCAGGAGCGCCUGUUCAUCGUCAAUGAGUCUCUGCGUCCGGCGUUGCUGAACAUCAGAGAGAUGUGCUACAGGAUCAGUGACAUGGGGCUUUGUCACAUACUGAAAGAUCACACAUACACUCUGGAGGAGUUCCAGGAGGCUCAGUACAACCAGCUGGAGGAGGUAUCUUCUCGUCUGGAAGAGUUCAGGGAGCUGGUAAAGGAGGUGGCCAGGAGCGCCUGUCACACGGCCAUGUUGGAGGCAGGAUACACACCUGACUAUAACUACAACACAGAGGGAACACCUGAGAUUGAGCUGCUGUUUGAAGAGGCUCCAGAGAAGAUGAGUUACACAGAACAGGCCAACAAGAGGUACCACUGUAGACGCCUCACCUGUUUCAUCCGGUUGGCUGACUACCUGAUGGUGAACACCAUGCACAUCCUGGCUGUGAACUCUGUGGCCAAACUACUGUCCGUCCUGCAGGACCAGAUUCAACACACCCCCACACACGCUGUCAUCCACAGCUGGGCCGACACCGAUGCUGCUGGAGACGGAGGUGGAGCCACGGAGGACUCCGACAGGAAGGCUACAGAGCCCACAGUGGAGGCUGUUCAUCUUCUACCCAUGUUUGUGUCGGAGCUGAUGCUGGAGACCCACGCUCUGACCUACAAACCCUCCGUAGACGUCUUCCAGGAGUGUGUGUCAGAGAUCAUCUCUAGGUUCCAGGAGACGGUGUUGUCAUUAGUUGUGUUGGUGACUGACUCCUACUUUGAUGCCUUCACUCAGCCCAUGAUCAACAGCAAGGUGGAGGAGAAGACGUGUGGUGACGGUCCUGGUCUGGAGGCCAUGUUAGAGGAUGAUAAACACCUUCUGAACAUCAUCCUCGACAUCAAGCAAUCGCUACAGUUUGCGUUUGACUCGGCCAGCGUGUACGCGCGCACCUUUGAGAGCUUCCGCGUCUUCUACAGUGAGAAUGAGAGUCUGGACCUGGACGCGCUCAGAGAUCAGGAUCACGGAGUGGCGUUCUUCGCUGAGAGUCUGAAGAAGUACCACAGCGAACAUAAAGAGGCCCUGGCCAUCAAACAGAAGAGGCACCUGGGCCUGCUGCUGGUAGACACCACUCUGCUUAAAGGGAAGCUCCUCCCCUCACCACUACGCUGUCUGGAGAGAAAGAUUGACGCCAUCAUCGCUGAGGCUCAGGAUGCCCAGUUCAAACUGGAGUUCAUCCCCUCUGCAACUACAGAGUUCGUCAACUCCCUCACCUUCCUAGAGGAGAUACAGGAGCGGAUGGAGUGGUUGGACGAGCAGACAGAGACCGUGUCCCAGAUGUACAAGCUGAUAGACUCCUACUCCGUGCCCAGCCCUCCUGAGGACUUUGCCGUCUACGCCACCCUGAAACCCUCAGUCACCGGCGUACGCAACGCCAUCGACAAGGCCGUGGGAGAGAAGGACGCCAACGUGGACAAGUUCUGUGUCCACCUCCAACGGGACAUCACCGACCUCAACAAGGAGGUCAAGAGGGUCAAACAGCAGGCUCAGAACAAUCAGAUCAUGGACAUCAACGCUGAGCGGCCCAAGGUCCGUCUGCUGCUGGACGAGGUCCAGGUCUCCAUAGACGAGCUGCAGAACCAGGCCUUCCAGUACAAGUCUUUCCAGAAGAACUUCAAGGUGGAGGUGACUAAGUACGAGGCGUUAGAGGAGCUGAGUGCAGAGGUGAAACUGAAACAGCUGCUGUGGGACUCUCUGGAGGAGUGGGACGCCCUGCAGGCUGGCUGGAUGGAG